AUGGAGGGAGAGGCGAUGGUCGGCGAGCUUUCGUCCUUCCGGGACUGCGGGAUCUACAGCCUGCCGGAGGGCUCCGGCGCCGUCUUCGUCGACCCCGUCCUCGUUCUCAGCAAGUCCUACGCUCGCCACCGGCUCCGGCGAUCCUCCUACUACGCCCGAUCGUUUCAGACUUCCCAGGGAGGAGCGAGAGGCGGCGCUGCGGCGGAGGAGCAGGUUGGGGAUACUUCCGGUGCCUCGGGGAAGAGGAAGCGGAAGAAGAAGGGGAAGCCGCGCGAUAUGAAUGAGCGGGAAAGAGCGGCGGAGCUGCGGCAUCAGGUGUGACCUGGGGAUUCGUAGACGACUUUUUUAUUUUACCUUUUGUUUUUCCUCUGAAUUUGGUGACGUGGAUUUUGGGCUGGCGUUUCCUUCGCCAGGAAGCGAGACCUUUCUUGGUGAAAGCGCACGAAUGUUUUCUUCAUGCGGCCGAGCUCUUGUCAGUUCUUCCCACUGUGACCAGAGAUGAUGGGUCAUCUCAAGUUGAAACAGAAGCUCCUCCACGUAACUUUAUCGAGCUCGGUAGCGUUUGGCAAGCUUCUCACUGGGAGAUUUCUUUAUGCUUGCCACCUCAGGGUAAGCUGUCGGGAUUGCGGGAGAAAGAAAGUUUAUGUUGCUGCGUUAGGAAUAUAAAUAAUUUGACCAUGGUUAUUAUCUCCUGCUGAUAGUGUUAGUGUCUUUUUAUUUGUGUUUGCGUGUGUGCGCGUGCGCACGCGCAAGAGGAAUUUGUUGGCACCUGCUAUUCAAUCUCCUGCCGGUCGACAACCAAGUAAUUCCGAUUUUAUUUGAACAGUUUUGUCAGGGCAAUGCUGAAGAAUCAUCAUAUUUAUCUUGUAUAGGCUUGCAAGGUGUGUUUCAAAGGCAUGUAAAUGUUUCUAUGGAGGGGGAGGGGUAGGGGGUUGUUCUGGUGUCUAGGUCAUUUUCAGGCCACUCUACUUUUCCCAUGCCUCUUCUUGACCUUUUAUUUAUUAAUUAUAAGCCUCCUCACGCCAUGAGGACUAGUGAACACUUGUCCCCUUCUUUUGGGGAUUCAAAUUAUUUUGCCUUUUCUCAGAUCUUUCAGAUUCUUGGGAGUUGGGAUUCAGUGUUUCCUGCAGGAUUGCAUGGGUUAUAUUGUGCCCUUCCUCUGGGGAUUUAAAAAAUCUCAUGCACUGUUCUCCGCUCUUUCAGAUACUUGGGGUGUAGGGAUUCACUGCUGGGUGCUGGAUUGUAUGUGAUAGAUUGUCCCUUCUUCUGCGGAUUAAAAAAUGUCGUGCCUUCUUCCCAUCUCCACCGGAUGAUUGGGAUUUGGAAUUCACUGUUGCCUCUAGGAUUAUGUGCAACAAUGAGCAGUGCCUUUUUUUUUUUACAAUCACGACAUCCAGCCUGUUUAAACUGCAUUAUUACCCACCUCUGAAAUUUUUGAUCAGUGGAAUUUAGUUAUGAAAUUGAAUCCCACUGCUGUAUGUUAUAAGAAAAGUUGAUGCAUUUCUUUGGCAGGUACUCAAUCUUGUUCCAAUCUAUGUGCUGUGAGGACUGUGAUGCCGCUGUUUGACAACCCUGUUGCUAAUGAGACAGAUGAUGAUUUAGAUGCUGAAUUUCUUAACAGCCGUUACAUAUUACCUAGUAAAAGCUGCCUUCACAUGGUAGGAAUCUUUGUUAUUUUCCAUUCUCUUUGUUUGCAUCAACUAAUCUUCUGAAUAAUAUUUUAUCUUUUUGGUUUCUUAAACCUUUUUCUUGUUCGCUCUUCCGUUUGUACAUAGCCUUCCCUCCUUUAUUCAAUGAGUUUUCUCCAUGAUAUUUUUCUAGAAAAAUUAAUUUUCCACGUAGGUGGAAUCUAGAUGCGCUGAUUCCAUGCAUCAAUGCGGAGUACCUCACACCUAGUUUUUUUUUUCAACACAUGUUUGCUAUGAUGCGACGAAAGUCAGACUUAAGACGGAUUCAUGACCUUAUUCCUGGUAAUUCUGUAACCCAAAACCGAAGUGAUUUCUUUGAGGACCAUCUCACGCAUAACUCCGUUACCUCUGCAGCCCACUCUGAUUAUGGCUUCAAUCUAAUAGUUAUUGAUCCACCAUGGGAAAAUGCAAGCGCCUAUCAGAAAUCAUUGUAUGUGUCUCAACAAUUCUUUUUUUAUCUGCAUAUUUCCCAGUAUGUAUGGAUAGAUAACUGUCAGAAAUAAUAAUCGUCUUGGCUGCAGGUACCCAACUUUACCAAGUCGCUAUUUUCUCUACAUCCCUGUGCGGCAGCUCGCUCACACACAAGGAGCCCUUGUGGCUUUAUGGGUGACCAAUCGAGAAAAGCUGCGGAUUUUCGUCGAGAAAGAACUUUUCCCCGCCUGGGGUGUCACUGAUGUCUCCGUCUUCUACUGGUUGAAGGUGGAUCCAUUUUUCUGUUUUCUAGUUGGCCUGCACAUGCAUGAACUACUAAAGAUAGUUUUUUUUUGUUUUUCAAUUUUUAACUAUCAUGAUGUUAAGAAUCAGCGACAAGUGUCAUAAUCUCAAUUUUUUUAGUGGAAUGUUUAGAAAAUUAACUGCACUGCCAUAGGACGAACACCACAGUGUUCUCUCAUCCCUACACAGACCAUGGUCCUAUAUUCCUCUUCAUUUUCUAUCCCCAAUCUUCAGGGGAUCUUGGUUUUUUUGGUUAUGAUGAUUAGAUUGCACAUUGGAUAUUAUACAGGUGAAGGAUGAUGGUUCCUUGAUUGGCGACCUGGACUUAUUUCAUCACAGACCAUAUGAAUGCCUUGUUCUUGGCUAUAUUAACAGCAAGGUUAUGAUUCAGACUCUUGUGCCUAGUCUCAGGGCUUUAGACUCUUCAAUCUUACAUGUUCUACUAAACUUCGUGGGGUUAAGUACUGCUUAUUACUCUUUUCCCAUGUUCUUGCUCUCUUGUUUUUCAUUUCCAUUUCCGUUUCAGGAAAUCUGCUCUGGAUGUGACGUAAGUUAUACACUCCCACAGAGUAAUCAAGUUAUCAUCAGCAUUCCCAGCGCCUACUCUAGAAAGCCCCCACUUGGAAGUAUCCAUAAUUUAAUAUUAAAUCUUGAAAAUCUCCCCAUGUCGAAAUGUUAACUCAUGGGCAUGAUCCCCUGUAACGUUAAAUCUUGAUCCGCUCUUUUGAUUUUCUUUGACAACAGACCCGUGCGAUUUUCCUGAUUAUGACCUCUUUUUUUUCCUGCAAUAACUACAUCUUUGACAGAUAAUUGCCCACGAGUUUUUGGUAAUUAAUAUCAUUCAUUUCCAAUAAUUAUAGCCUCGUCAAGCAAUUACUCUAGUAUUUAUCGUCUGUUUUAUCUUGGGGAUCUCAAUCCUUGACGAAGGCAAAGAAUUGUUGUCCGAGUAUGUGCCAGGGCCCAGACCUGGAAAGUUUGUGGAGCUCUUCGCGAGGGAGCUGCAGUCGGGGUGGACAUGUUGGGGGAAUGAGCCCCUUUGCUUCCAAGAUGCUAGGUAUUUUGUGAAAGUUCGCCAAUGA